ACUUUUCAAAUUGAAUGAAGCUAAAAUACUAUACAAAAUAAAUUUUAAAACUAAUUUUUGUAGAUUAAAAUGAUGUGAACUGAAAUGGUAUUGUUUAUAUUUUCUUCCUGCAACUAGCGUUCCCUUCUCUGCUUGUUGCGGUGUAUAGGAUAAAUUCUUUAUAUUCUACUCUUACAGCAGAUUUACCCAUAGUUUUUCAACAGCAAUGAUAUUAGAUGACAUAAUAUAUAUUUCUCUACUGUGUAUUUCUGUUAUUCUUGGACCUGUUAUUAGAAAUGUGCCAAAUCCUUAUCAAAGACAGGUUUUGUCUACAAGUGCUGGAUUUAUCAUAGUUUUUAUUGUAUCUGGUUUUCAUGUUGUUCAUUCUGUGCUCGUUACUCUUAUUAAUGCAAUUAUCCUACAAUUCUUUAAAAAGAAAUGCCACAUUUAUAGUGCAAUUUUCUCAUUCGGCUAUUUGGCUUUCUUCAGGAGUACUCAUUAUUUUGGGCUGCCAAUUCCACCACCACACACCAAUGCUAUUCAAAUGAUUCUUACUUUAAAGAUGGUUGGAUUGGCAUUUGAAGUUCAAGAAACAAGAUGUGCAAAAGAGAAAAAUAAAUCUCAUAAUUUUGAUUUAUUGUACAAAUACAAAAAAGUUGAACCAUCAUUUUUGGAUGUUUUUCACUAUGCCUUCUGUAUUGCUGGAGUAUUAAUAGGGCCUUACUAUAAAUUCAGAACAUACUGGGAUAUGUUGUACCUUCCUUAUAGCACUCAGGUUGCAGCAAAUAGAUAUGUUAAACAGAGGAUUCAAAUCGUACCAUUGUAUGUUUUACUUUAUCUCAUAGGGACAUAUCUUUAUCCACUUGAAUAUGUUACUACACCUGACAUAUUGGAAAAAUCUUUCUGGUACAGAGUGUUCUACAUCACACCUUCAUUCUUCAACUUCCGUAUGAGAAUCUAUGCAGGUUUUAUCCUUGGAGAAUGUGUGUGCAUUGCCAUGGGAUUAGGUGCUUAUCCAAAAUCGAGUAAUCCACAGCCUGGAGCUGGUCCUACCAACUUUACUGCUCUUGAAGAAAUAGAGAAGAAAAAUCUAUCAGUGGUAGAGUACUCAUUUGACACUGUGAAUAACAUAUAUGAAUAUGGCAGUGAGUUCUGGCCUACUAUUAGAGAAGGAAUAAGAUCAUGGAAUCGAACUGUUCAGUACUGGCUGGCAUUCUUUGUCUAUAAACGCAUAAAUUUAUCCAAACCUGCUAAGAUAUUUGUUACCAUGUUGGUGAGUUCAUUUUGGCAUGGCGUGCAUCCUGGUUACUACCUGUGCUUGUGUAGUGCUCCACUCUUCCUCUUUGUGGAAAUGGAGGUUGAAAAAGCAGUGAGGCGUCACGGGUCGCACUCUCAGCAGGCACUGUUCUACUGGAUCUGGUGGGUGAUAAAGAUGCAAUCCUUCUCCUACAUGGGGAUGGCAUUCUUGCUUCUGGAUAUAAGAAGCUGCUUCUACUUCUGGAAGUCUAUAUACUUUUGUGGACACAUUUUCAUCAUCUUAGUUUAUUUUAUAGCACUCACAAUAAAUACGAGGAUGAAACGAAAGAAAGAAUAGUGCCAAAUUUUAUAUUUUGUUUUUCUUAACAAAUGCAGGGAUGCCAACUAUCUCCAAGGAUUUCUUGAAAAUGUUAUUCUAGAAUUUUGAAUUUUAUUUUAUUUUAUAACUCUCUUUGAACAGAAUUCGAGUUUAUGGCUAACAAUGUUCAAUUCCGUAGCCUUGCCGUUUUGAACCCAAUCCAGAAGACAAGGGAACUCCUGGAUUAGUACUCCAAGAGGUGGUUUUAUUUAUUAUUUUAACCCUAUAAAGCCUCAAACUGCCACAAUUAUUCUCAUAGUAUCUACUAUUUCAGUAAUGUUUAUAUUUUAUUGGCAAUCAUAACUGGAAGGAAAUUU